CCAAGAUAAAAGCGAUUGAGAUGUCAUCUCAUAUGUCAAAAAACGACGUCGAGAUCCAAGUGGAAUCGAUCCAGACACCGGUUCCACAGGACCUUGCUGCAGAGAAGAGGCUGGUGCACAAGUUUGAUUGGCGGUUGAUGCCCAUGUUUGCCACAAUGUACUUUUUCUCAUCCUUGGACAGAUCGAACAUUGGAAAUGCCAAGGUCGCCGGCAUGGACAUUGACUGUGGUAUCACCGACGCUCAGUUUUCUACCAUCGUCUCCGUUCUUUACGCCACGUACAUCCCUGUCAUGCUCCCCGGAGUCUGGCUCAUGAAACAGUGCAAACGGCCUCGGUACUACCUUGCUGGAAUGAUGCUCUGCUGGUCGCUAUGCUCUCUUUUCACCUUGUUCGCCAACAGCUACAGCUCUCUCUUGGCCUUACGACUCCUUCUUGGUCUUUUUGAAGGCUCCUACUUCAGCUGCAUUGCCGUAAUCACCACCGACUACUACUUCCCACAUGAGUUAGGCAGAAGGACAGCGUACUUCUUUGCUUCCUCCAGCUUGGCAAGUGCUUUUGGAGGCCUUAUCGGAACUGGUAUCACUAAGAUCAACAGCGGUCGGUUAGCGUCCUGGAAAUACAUUUUCCUAAUCGAGGGCAUUUUGUCAUGUGUGGCUGUGGUCUGGCUUUUCUUUGGACUCCCAGACAACCCGACAAAGCUCAUCAAGACUGAGGAGGAAAGAGAAGUGUUUGAAGACCGAGAACGUCGUAGGGCGUUCUACGUCGACCAAGGAGGGUUCGACAUUAAGGAGGUCCGCUCCGCAUUCACCGACCCGAAGACCAUAUUCUCCGUCAUCAUCCAGUUCACGCAAGAUAUCUGUCUCUACGGCUUCUCCACCUUUUUACCGUCGAUUUUGAAAUCCGGGAUGGGCUUCUCUUCUUUGGAAGCACAAUAUUUGGGUGUGCCGGUAUAUCUCCUUGCAGGCCUGAUCUUUUUGGCUGCUGCGGAGAUCUCUGACAAGAAAAGAAUGCGGGGGCCAAUCAUUGCAUUCACCAACAUCUUUGGAAUCACAGGAUAUAUCUUGUUGCUUGCUGUAGAUAACAGUUCCGUCAAGUACUUCGCAUGUUAUCUCAUCUGCUUCUCCAUCUACACCGGUACUGGUAUUAACGAGUCAUGGAUUUCUUCGAACACUUCUCCAAGGUACAAAAGAUACACGGCCAUUGGUAUCAACCAGACCCUAGGAAAUGUUUCCGGCGCAAUCAGCCCUCAGGUAUACAGAGCCCCUCCAAAUUACACUCUUGGUCACGCAUUCACCUUGGGCUGUUUGGUCGUUUCCACACUCUGCUCUCUUACGUGUUCAUGGAUGUUGCACAAAAGAAACGUCCAUAACAAAAGAGUUUUAGAGACAGGCAUUGACGACCGUAAGCUCAAAAGAACAGUUGGUGACGAUGCACCAGAAUUUAAGUUCAUCAUCUGAUGGCCAAGUCAAGUGUAGUUAUAUUUUCUUUAUCUCCUGCUAUUUCUUUUAC